AAGAUUUUUAGAAAGCUAAAAUUUAAAAUGAUUUUGAAACUCUUCAUCAUAGCUAAGAUGAGGUAUGGAAAUCAGGACAAUGGCUCUAGGUAUUUACAUCACGGUGAGUAAAAGCAAAUAGGAUCAUCUUUUGUCGAGAGGUUUAACAAUUGCGUUGAAAUGGACACUGUUUGCUAAGGCUUUGACUCUGCUACUUUGUACUUUAGUUUGAAGUAACAAAAGCAAGGUAGCAGAAGAGGUCUCUCUGUGGAAUCAAUCACUGAGCCCAACAACAGUUUACAUUGGCUACUCACAGGAAACCAAGUCGCAAAGUGUAGCAGGCCAACAUGUGUUUGACAGGGUGUACAGGUAAAUUUGUCCGAUGGUGAAUGGGAUUAUCAAUGAUUGUGGCGAUCGAUCGAGGGAGUUGAGUCAAUUUGAGAAUGUUAAAUGCCUAACAUUAUCAAGCGUAUAUGUUAUUUGUAUUGGAGGGGGAUAGGAGGUCUAUUUAGAUAGUAGUGAGUACUGUCUGUGAAAAUGCCCACCGUUUUCACUUAGGAUUAAAUAGGAAUUUAGUCUAAGUUGAAACCAGUGUAUACUUAGGUAUGUUUGAACGCUUAUGUAGAUAUAAUGUAUCUUUCCGUCUUUGAAAUAGGGAUCUGUUGUAAAAUUAAACCGAUGUUCCAUUCUGCUACAGUGGAGUUUGUCCUAUGAGUAUUAAAUCGGGGUAUUUAUGCGGUCGGACGCUUUGGUCGGUCAUGGUCCGGUGUAACAGUAUAGCCUGGUGUUUCCAUGCUAGAUGACCCUAUGGAAUUAUUUUCUAUAUCUGAUGUGGAUUUAUUAUUAAUGAAUACCUGUGGUAUAAUAAACUGGAUGAAGGGAGAGUGUAUAGUGAUAGCUUCAAUUUCUUGUGAUUCAGGAACAGAAGAUGAAAUUGUGAAAGGGAUAAUAUCAAGGAUAUGAUUUGAAGUAUGAGCCAUUAUGUCAAGCUGCGAUGAUAUUGAUGAGAAGAGUAAUUUACCGAGACACAGAAUGCGGUCCCUUUCACUACCACAACUGUUGUCUUGUCAUCUGAAAGGUGCAGCUCCUCAAAUUACAAACAUUCUCAGUUAUAAUUCUCACUACUCAGAGUUAUCUGCUCUUGAUAAGAUGGUCGGCUUUAAUGGUAAGCCUCAUCUUGGGUGUGAUAGGUAUGGAGUGACUAAAGAAGAGGAGGAAGAGGAGGAGGAAAGGGAGGUAGAGGAAGAAGGGGACACAUUUGAUGACAGAAUCUUAUCUAUCAGAUAUGCAGACAAGGCUGUUGAGGCAUAUGAUAUACCAGAUGUCAUAAGUCAGGAGGACAGCAGUAGUGCUGAACCGGAGCUGUACUGCUUUGAAGACUUCGUCCCAGGUAUUGAUGAAGUACCUACGGCUCUCAUGGUAUCCCCUAAAGGCAGAGCAGGAUUGUCACGGUCAGAUAGCCUCUUUACACCGACCAUAACUGGAAAAGCAGCCGGUCGAGAGCUACAAAGAUCCAAGACUCUGCCUAUCAUCAGAAGCCCAGUAACAACUUCUACAGAAAGUAAUGAGUCCGCUGCCACAGGGCAAUUUCUGACUCAAGAAGCCAAUGACAAGAAUGUCUGGCUCCGGACCCCAAGUCCUGACAGCUCUGAAUACUCUGGGUCAUGUGACAGUGGGAGUGGCAGAAACCUGGCCCGCAGUAAGUCUCAGAAAUCCAGACCCAGAAGCCUCAGUCGUGAACGACGUCGCAUCUUCCACAAAAAUCCUGCAAACAAAGCUGAAGGGUCUGCCUGGAAUUUUGAUGAUGACACCGACUCCACAGCUUCUUCCGAAACGAUGACCAGCGGUGCUUCCGAGGAAGGUGCCAGUCACCAGCGUCCAUCUAGUCAGCUGUUCUAUACAACACCACCUAAAGCUAACAUGGUACGGAAUCAGGAUGAAAAGAGACUAGAAAGCUCUGGUGGAAUUUACAAGAUUGGACGACGUCUGAGUCAGAAGGACAAAGGAAAAGAUAACCUCUGGCAGCAGAGACAACGCUCCGUGAGCUUGGACUGUGGAGAUGGAAGGAAAAUCAAGAUAUUUAUGAGUGACAAUGAGACUACAGGGGUAGCAGACGUUCCGGCCAUCUUGCCCACAUCCCCAGGAGUUCCAGCUCACAUGCUCAACUUUAGUGCAAUGAACUCCGCAAACAGACCAAAAACACUCACAGUUGCAACACCGAAGAAAAGGGGAUCCACUUGUAGUGAGUCUGAUGUUAUUACACCUAACAGACUUUAUGACAAGAAAAAAACGGACAGAGAAAGGAAGGGCUCUCCUGAAAGUCAAGCUCUGUUUGAGGCGGUAGAACAGCAGAAUAUAGACCUAGCCAAAACAGUACUGGAGGCUGGAGGGCUACAUAUCAACAGUACGAAUAGUGAAGGGUUAACUCCCCUUGAUGUGGCGGUGAUGACCAAUAAUAUCCCCAUGGCUAAGAUGUUGCUGUUACAUGGUGCUCGGGAAAGUCCGCUCUUCCAGAGGAAUAUUGAUAGUCGAUCGGACAGACUGGACGCCCUCGUUUCCGAGGCGGAGAAGAGGGUUGUUGACCUAUCAGCCAUUAUUUUGAACACUUCUACAAACAAUGGAUACAUAUCAAACACCCAACAGAAGGAGAAUGAACGACAGUUAAAUCACUGGGAAUUCCGACACAAACUUCUGAAGAGGAUGAAGGCUGGAUAUGACCAUGCCCGUGUGCCCGACCCACCGAGCUGUGUGAGCCUCUCCGUGGCCAGUAGCUCCUCCCUUCAGGUUCGAUUUGACGAGCCUCUCAACCACAAUGGUGCUGUCGUCACCAAGUACAAAGUGGAGUGGAGUUGCUUUGAAAACUUUGUACCCCUGGCCGGAGACCAGAUCGUAGAAGAUAUGCGCCACCUAGAGUAUGAGGUUCCUGGCCUGGUCAAGGGAAAUAAGUACUACAUCCGGGUGUCUGCCUGGAAUAUGAAGGGCUACAGCCCCUUCACCUCUGCCCAGCCUACCUACGCAGUGCCAUCGUCCUGGAGAGAUGUAGACGGAUCUAUGGCUUCAAGGACGAAUGGUAAACUGGAACACUUGGCAGGCAUAUUUUCGAAUGUGAAGCAGCUCCGACCUGCAGAUGCUUCAGAAUUAAAAGAAAAUGCCGGUGGUGAUUCUCCUCAACAACGCAAGAGAAAGAGUUUAAAAAAUUUGUUUACCUCGGCACCAAAAUUCCAAAAGGCAUUAAAAAGAGGAGUAUAUAUGGCUUGUCUACUCUAUAAUGGAGAUAAGGUGUUUGUAACUUCGGAUGAGCAGCUACCGGUAGUCGAGGUAGACGAGAACUUUGCUGGUCCUGCCGUUUAUAAUGACCUCCAUUGGUUAAUGAAGAUUUCCUGUAACUGGGAUGAUGUGAAGUCCUUUCGUCAGGACAUGGAUAAAAACACCAGUGCAGGCACCAUGCAUUUUCGUAACAAACUCCUUCAGGCAAUAUCAGUGUUACAGAGCGCUCUUGGCUUUAAUGAACUUGGUCAGUUUCACCAUAAACCCCUGAAGGACAUCAACGGCAGCAUUAUACUGACAACUGUCAACGAUGUCAAGGAAAUCAAAUCGGUCAGUCUCGGUUCUGGAAAGUGGGUCAACUCUGCAAAGUUGUUGAGGCGUACUUCUACGCCAAAUUCUGGAGGGUCAAGUACCGAUUCCACAGACUCCAUGGAUAUUCUAGUCAACUCCAUGUCUGAGAUGGUGACGUACCACCAGGCCAGUACAGUACCACUGAGUAAGGGUCUCUACCUGGGUUACCUCAAAGUCCAAGUGUCAGUGGAACUCAUCCAGCUCCUCGUCCCCAGUAAGGCCCCAAACAACCUUCCCAAUGUCAGACUCCGCAGUUGUCCCAACAUCUCCAAAGAGGAGUGGGAGUGGCUACAGGAAGUGAGUUCUGGGAGAUCGACAGCAUCCUCUACCACAUCACAACGCCGCUUCCAGAGAGAACUGAUAGACGGUGCUGACAAACUCUUUGACAUGCUAGAUAUCCCAGAAAACCUUGCAAAUAUUCACCGUAUCUAUGACCUUGAGGUCGUGGAGGUGAGCAGUGAUGUGACCUUCCUACUACUGCUGCCCCCUAUAGAGAAUGUGUGUAUUGUUCCUGGCCAGGCUGACGAUCUGGCAUCAAAGAGAGACUUUAUGCUUCUUCCUGUCAAAGUAUUUGAAACAAUCCACCUAAAUACGUACCAAUCUCAGCUUCUGAGUAAAUACUCGCGCCUCUCUUCCUUACUUGAGAUGGACCUGGCUCUGGCACAGCAAGCACAAAGAGAGGCCUUUUCGUCUGGUGAGCUGAGUUCUGCAAAGUUAAGAGUUGACAAACUCAACACACUACAGCAGCAUUUAGACUUCGCCUGGAAAAGUACACGAUGGGUGAUGGACAUUAUCACGUAUGCUCGUGACAAAUCUGUGCACGGAGGAACGCAUGUCAGUCUGAUCACUAACAUAGGCAAGGAGAAAGAUGAACCAGAUUUUCACGGAAAAACAAAUGGCAAAAUUCUAGAUAAUAAUAACUCCCAGCCUAGUUGUGGGUCAAGUGCAUGUGAUUCAAAUGAAAUAAGUGUUGGAAAAGACAAUCGAAAGAUUGCGAAAUUUUACGAUCCAACUGAGGAUGUUCAACGAACAAACGGACACAUACAAAAGGAACGGGAAUGUACCCCUACAGAGGUGAAGUCUCCGAUUUCCAAUUCACCAGAAUCAUCGACAGGUAGUUCGGGGAUACUGGAGGUGUACGCAGCCUACGAGACAGGACUGUCAAAGGGGACGAGAGUGAGGCUUCAUGUCACUUCACGAACGACAGCAAGAGAAGUCGUCCAUCUUGUGGUGAAACAUCUCAACAAGGCCCUGGUAAUGAAGGGUAAAUCAGGCCCAACAUAUUCUGAGGAAAAAAUAGUUGACUUCUGUUUGGUGGCCGUAAUUGGUGCAAGGGAGAGAAUUCUCCGUGAUGACUAUCAGCCACUUCGGCUACAAAAUCCAUGGACUAAGGGCAGAUUAUUUGUGCGUUCAAAAAAUAAUCUUUUAGCAGCAAUUCAGCAAGGCCAUGCUACAGAGGUGUGACUGAGUAGGGCUGUGUAGUUAGCUGCUUCGACAUGAUCCACACAGACUCUGUCUUAACUAUUUGUCACCACUGCCUUCCUACUCUCCGGUUUUUAACCCCCAAUUAUUGUUUUCUAGCAUUCAUAAACUAUCAAAUUUACUGUCUGUUCAAUUUUUACCCCUGGUCUUUCAAAGAGAUUUUAUGCAUGGAUGAAUUUGCCCUUCUGAAGUUCAUACAUGAAAUUUGUACUUGUUAUAUCAUAUGUUAUCUUAGCAUAAAUCCUUUAUAGAAAGAAUAAAAGAGUUCCAAACACACAAUAACUACAAUAGUAUGUCUUUCCACAAAAAAAAUCAAAUUUAAGAAAAAAAGUAAACUUUAUUUUAUAAAUGGUGAUUUUGGUAACUUUAGCUUUAUAAUGUCUUGAUAGGAUUAAGUGUCACUGAAAUAUUUAAUCAAAAUUAAUUCAGGGGAGACAAAUCUCCCAUAACGUCAUAGCAGUGAUGCUGUAACAAAGGUACAGUAGUACAAUAGGUAUAUUUAUAAAGACUUAUAUACUUCAUAAUUCUGUAAUAUUUUGGAAAGGCAUCAGUGCAAGUUGGUGGAUGGAAAAAUCAAUGUUAAAAAUCCCUCCUUUUUAGUGCUUGAAGGCAGUGGUGUUUCCACAUUUGGGAUUAUCAUAUUGAUACCAUUUCUGAUUCGUGUGUCAUUGUAGAACAUUGAAAGCAUAUUGUGAUAUUGAAGUAUGUGUCAGUCACGCCAUUGCAUUACUGUAGUGUCACUAGGAGACCAAUAAUUUAUUAUUGUAGACAUUAAUUUAUUAACUGCUUUCAUCAUUCCAUUCAUUAUCAUUAUAAAGGACAAAAUCUAGUCUCAGUUUAAUAUUUAUUUUAACCAACAAAUCCUUCCAUUUCAAUUAUGUUGUAUUUCUAAAGGAGUAAACAUAAUCCGAGCAGUUUUGGGCAUUUGAAUACAUGUAUAUCAAAUUUGUUAAUAAAUUAAAUAUUUUGGGUAGAAUGAAUUAAAUAUUUUGGUAAAAAAUAAGUGUCAAAAUUACUUAAUCAUAUUUAUCAUGUAAUAAGCCCAAUGGUUGUAUAUAUAAACUUUGACUCCUCGAAGAAAGUGAGUAUGCUUAUUACAGAAAAAUGCAAUAGACAUGAUUGGGGUUAUUACCAGGCAUUGGGCUUAUUGCUGGAUAAAUAUGGUAGAUAUUCCGAUAAAAAUUGAAAAAUUGGAUUUAUCUUAAUAUAUAAUUAUGUUUUAGUUUGAAAUUAUUUUCUUAAAAAUCAAUAUGAAAUUGUGAAAGUUUUAAGAACAUUCUUACAACCAAAGCCAUUCCACAUAGAGUAUACUCCUUAACAUUACCAGUUAUACAUGCUUUUAAUGUAUAUUUCAAUGAUUAGUACUAAAUUAUAUAACCCUACCAAUUUUUAUAUAGACAACAAAACUAGUCACAAUUUGAAAACGUCCAUCUCUUGAAAUAUUUAUAAAUUGUUUUACCAUUUAAAUGUUUACUCACAGUACCACUGUUUACCAGUUAUGUAGUUAUCAUUUUUAACGAGGAAAAUCUAGUCCAAUUUUGCAUAUUUUAGGCAAUUAAUCAUAUUUAUAUUGAGAAAAAUCUUGAAAUAACAUGUGUUUUUUGAGGAAUUGUAUGGAAUAUUAUUCGCAUGACACAAAAGAUAUUAGCAUUUCACUUAUGUAAAGGUGACUCGGCACAUGUACCAGAAUUAAGAAAAUCUUGUUAGUACUGAGGCUCUUACUAUCUAUAAAUGAAAGUCUUGUUCAGCAUAGGUUAAAGAUCUGAUUGUAUAGUAGGUAUAUAUCUACUCUGGUAAUCAUCAAUAUAUAGGAUAACUGCAAUGUACAUGGAUACUCAAAAAAUCUUUUUUUUUCUUUUUUUUUUACCUGAGAUUAUUAUCAUGAUAGUACUUAAAAUUUACAGGGAAAUCUAAGAUGUAUAAAUCUAUUCAUCUGAAUUUAAGGGUUUUUACACCUGACAUAUAUAAUGAUUAGAUAUUUCCCACAAAAAAUCACUGUCAAAACAAUAGUUUAUAUUUUUGACCUUUUGAUCGUAAAGUGUACUUGGAGUUUUUUCAAGACACCUACAAAUUACUGUACAAAACUUAUUAGAAGUCCAGGAUUUAUAAUGGAGUGAUACUUGAACUACAUACAUUUCUACUUGUAACUGUUUGUAAGUAAUUUAUAAUUUGUAACACAGCUAGAAUGCAUAUUUUCAUACAAGACGCCAUUCAUUCCGAAUUCCAGAAAUUGUUACAAUAGAAUUCAGACCAUCACAUUUCAACUCAUCGUUCCAUGACAGCAGCAAGCAUCACAUGAUCUGUAGCAUUAUCCAUCUUAUCCUUCAAAUCAAGCUAAGAGCUUUUUUGCCAUAUAUAGUAACUAAGUAAAGUGCAAUGUUUUCUAUCACAAUGGAAUGUUUUACCUGUGCUCACCUGGUGUUAAAAAUCUCAUAUCCCGGAUCAACAUUUUGUAAAUUUCUUUUUUUAUAUUUGCAAAUCUAUGGUAAAUUCCCAUGUUCCCCUGUCUGUAUGAGUUUUGAACAUCUGUUAACUAUAGAAGUUGGAAUGAUUGUCUUGUGGACACUCUUUGUCCUCAUAUAUUCUUUAAUAACAUAUUUUAGUGGUAAUCUUAUUUUGGCACUUUUCGCUCUUGAAGCAUUGAACUAAAUUAUGAUUGCGCUAUCUACAUUAUUUAUGUGCUAUUACUUCAGAAAAAAAGAUAAUGCGCUUAUUCUUAAUUGUGCUCAUUUAUUAUAAUUUGAAAAUGCAUGAAAAUUUGAGUGCACCAAACUUAGCAUGUAUACUAAUACAGUAUUCAAAAUUAAUCAAUUCCACAGCCCCCCACCUAAAAUAACAACAACCACAAUAUAUGGAUGGCCAAUUUUUAAGGCCUGUUUGGGAGUUCUCAAACAUCCUGAUAUCAAGCUACUACCCUGACCUGACCAUACCAAACAAUUUGAUUUCAUUGUAAUUGAUCACUUAAUCUCCAUUUCCAAAUGAAUUUAUGAUAAAAUGAUAGAGCCAUGCUCUAUCUUCCAUGAUUUAUCUGGAGGAAAAAAAUUACUUCACCGUGAAUUUCCAGAAAAGAGCGCACUACAAAAUGCGAUAAACUCUUUAAGUUCACAUCUAUUGUACUGACCCAAAUCUCCUUUCCUUUUGACCCAUAAUUAAUAAAACUACACUUACAUUGUAUUGCUUUGGUAUGAUAUAAAUUUUUCAUUCCCAAAUUAAUGUUCUCUGAAUUCCUUUUAAUUACAAGAAGAUUAUCUUUUUGUAACUAAAGUAGUCUACAGCAAACCUCCAUAUGUUAAACAUUGAUGUGUCUUUCUGUAGGUUUUGUUUACUUGUGAUAUUACAGAGUGAGAAAUGCCAGUAGUAUGAGAGUGAUUGACAGGUUAUUAGUAAAUAGCAUGUACGGUAGAUGCAUUUUUUUCACAGAGGAAAAUCACAAAACAUUUGUAAUGCAUGUUCCAGUUUUCAUUGUCAUCACAUCAAUAAACUAAUACCUGAAAAUGGGA